AUGUCUGCGCAGCCGCCGCCUCAACAGCCUCAGGGCGGCAUGCCCAUGCCAGGCCAGCAGCCUACGCCCGAGCAGAUUGCGGAACUGCAGCGUCGAAUCACGGAGGAUGCGCAAAAGGCCGGCAUGACGGUUCCCGAGUUCAUCGAGCACAUCAAGCGCCAGCGCAUGCAGGCUAUGCAGCAGGCCCAGGCCCAGCACCAGCACGGCGGCGACGGGCACGACCACGACCAUGGCCACUCGCACGAUCACGACCAGGACGGCCACGGUCACUCGCACCCGCACCAGCAGCAGCAGGGCCAGCCCCAACCCAUCACGCCGGGACCUCCUAACCCCAAGGCCAUUGCGCUGGCCAAGUUUCUGCGCGGGCAAGAGCUCAAGCCUCGCACAGUCAUUCUCAACGGCGAGCGCAAAGACAUGUUCCGAGUCAAGCGUGCGCUGCGAGUGCUCCAGUCCCCCGCCUACGAAAAGGCUCGCAAGAAGAACCCCCUCUUGCCCGAGAUCAACGACCGCGCGUCACUCGAAAACACCUUUAAGCUGCUGCCCCUCAGCAUGCUUGCCCUACGAGUCUCCCAAAUUGAGCCCGCCCUGGGUGCCAACGGCAAGAAGCCCAAGCGCGUUAAGGGCCAAUGGAACGUGCGCAUCGAACAGCAGCAGGAAGCUCAGGAGGAGAUGCACUACGUCUGGUUGUGGGAAGGUAGCCAGGUCAGGCGCCAGGUGUAUGCUGCUCUCGCUCUCGUCGCCAUCUUCGCCGUCGUUCUAUACCCUCUCUGGCCGCUCAAACUCCGCCAAGGUGUCUACUACCUCAGCUGGGGCAUGCUUGGUCUCCUCGGUCUCUUCUUCGCCAUGGCUAUUUUCCGCGUCAUUCUGUUUUGCAUCACAUACUUUGCCGUUCCCCCCGGUCUGUGGCUGUAUCCCAACCUCUGGGAAGACGUUUCCUUCAUGGACAGCUUCCGCCCUGUCUGGGCCUGGCAUGAGACUGAAAAGCCCAAGAAGAAGAAGAAGCGUGCGCAGCAGGGUGGUGCGACCAACUCGACCAUGGCCGCCGCCGCUGGACAAGUCGCGCCCACCAGCGCGACAACGACCGGCACCGAUACCCAGAUUAACACGGGAGCUCAACAGCGCUACGUGGCCCCCAAGGUCGAGGAGCUCCAGGAUGACGAGUAA